CCCAUCUCUCGCUCUCCAUCUCCCUCUCUCUCCCUCUCCUUUUCUCUCUGCGACAUUAAAACAAACACCAAGCGAAUUUCAUAGCAGUGCCAUUGCACAAUACCUCUCUCUACGCUAUGGGCUUCCCUGUAGGCUACACGGAGCUUCUACUCCCAAAAAUACUAAUCCACACUCUUUCUUUUCUGGGUUUCGUUCGGAAAAUCAUAUGCACUCUCUUUCGCUAUCUGGGUCUCCCUGAUUUUCUUGAACCUGACAUUUCUUGGUCAGAAACUCCUCCAAGGAUCCCUGAGUUCUACUCUGUUUCUGCUGUUCUCAUACGCGAGAUCCUCCCAGUCGUCAAGUUCUCUGACCUGGUCGACCCGCCUGACAGCUGUGCUGUUUGUCUCUACGAGUUUGAAGACCAAGAUGAGAUCAGACGACUCACCAACUGCCGCCAUAUCUUCCACCGGAGUUGCUUGGACCGGUGGGUCGGAUACGAUCAGAAAACUUGCCCACUUUGCCGAACGCCGGUGAUUCCUGAAGAUAUGCAGGAGGCUUUCAAUGAAAGACUAUGGGCUGCUUCUGGGAUUCCUGAGUUUUAUGGCGAGUAUUCUCAAAUAGCUUCCUUGUAGAUUAUAGAUUCAAUAAUUUUCAACCACCAAAAAAAAAAAAAUUAACCUUUUUCUUGCCUCUUUGAGGCUGCGUGGCCGUGAUGUGUAUAAAUACAUAUAUUAUAUAUGAAGAAAAAAAAAAGAUCUAUGAGAAUUAAAUGAUUUUGUA